GAGCUACAAUACGCACAUGGCACUUUUGAACAUGUCCGGCCUCCUCGCACUGUUAAAUUAUUUUGAAAGAAAUAUUUCACUUGUUGGUAUCUCGCGAAUUAAGCGACGCUAUGUCUCAGGACGGCAAGUGCCAUUCAAAGUCUCUCGCGUCUGUGACUUCAGCAAACAGUGAAGGAUUGACAAAAUCAGAAGAGGACUUCACACAGACUGAAUCUGUUAACCAGUAUGCCCGCCAGAUUCCCAGAACUCUGACAGAUUCAGAACAGGAAAAAUUGGAAAAGGACAAAACAUUCCUGUCCGAAUUUAAACAAAAAAAGCUAGAGCUUGAGGCUCACAAAAAUUGGGAUAAAUUCUACAAAAGAAACACCACCAAAUUUUUCAAAGAUCGGCAUUGGACAAAACGAGAGUUCCAGGAACUGUGUGGAGAAUGUGGCGCGAUUUCAGAUGAAAAGCUGACAUUGCUGGAGGUGGGAUGUGGUGUGGGCAAUUUCCUCUUCCCACUACUAGAAGAUGACAACAACCUAUUUAUUUUUGCUUGUGAUUUCUCUCCAAGAGCCAUCGAUUUUGUAAAGGAAAAUCCGUUGUACGAAGCCUCCAGAUGUGAUGCGUUUGUGUGUGAUGUUGUGAACACACCUCUGUCUGAUCACAUCCCACUGAACACAGUAGAUGUAGCCACGCUGAUCUUCGUAUUGUCUGCUAUACACCCAGAGAAAAUGCAGGAGGCUUUGAGGAACAUACAUCAGGUACUCAAGCCAGGUGGGAUACUGCUCUUCAGGGACUAUGGGCUGUAUGAUUACGCCAUGCUAAGGUUCAGCCCUGGUCGAAAGUUAGCUGAGAACUUCUAUGUAAGACAAGAUGGGACCAGGGUUUAUUACUUCUCUACAGAAAUUCUCCACAGUAUGACCCAAUCUGCAGGCUUCCAGACAGUUACUCUGGACUAUGUACAGCGAGAGACGGUGAACAAGAAAGAGGAUCUUUGUGUGCCGAGAAUAUUUGUGCAAGGAAAAUUUCAGAAAACUAUUGAAGACAUUAACUUGCCCAAUCAUUCCCAGGAUGAAACUUGUGCCAACAGCGCUAACGUAUAACUGUGUUCCUGUCAAAGCGUUGCUAACGAUCAUUUUGAGUUAUAU